CGACGAGUCAUUGCUUUUGUAAACGGCGGACGGGCUUGCGGUGGAGAGAAUACUCGGUUGUGUCUGCUUCAUGUGAAGAAGCUGCGAGAGUGUCAGGACAAUGCGCUGGUUUGAGGGCACCAUUCCUGCUGCCAUCGCUUUCGCCAAACAGAACAACGCGGUUUUUAUAGUGUUUAUUACAGGGGACGAUGAACAGUCCAGACAGAUGGCUGCAAGUUGGGAAGCUGAAGGAGUAGGGGAAGCAACUGUAAACUCUUUUGUUGCUAUUAAAAUAGAUGCUAAAAGUGAAGCAUGUAUGCAGUUUUCUCAAAUUUAUCCUGUGGUGUGCAUCCCAUCAUGUUUUUUUAUAGGAGACAAUGGAAUCCCAUUGGAGGUGAUUGCUGGUAGUGUGACUGCAGAGGAACUUGUAGCUCGAAUUCAGAAAGUGAAAGAAAUGCAUAGACAAAAGAAUGUGGCAGCAGGUAACAACCAGGAAAACCAUUUUGGUUGCUGCCAUGUUUCUACAAGCGAGGUUCCAGAAGCUGUUCAAUCUAAUGAGCCAGGCACGCUAACUACAAGAACAACAGAAACAAUGGCCUCAGAAGAGCUUAAAGAAAGAUCAAAAGAACCUCUUGUAAAUAAAGAUCUUUCAGAUCAUGCCGGUCCCUCUAAUAUAGUCACUUCAAAUAAUGAUGAAGUUUCUGCAAAAUCUCAGGAGGAGGAGGACUUUAACACUCGAGUUGAAAGACUCACUAAGAAGCUUGAAGAACGAAGGGAACAGAAAAAGGAGGAAGAAGCAAUGAAUGAAAUUAAAGUUGAAGUUGAACGAAGAAAAUUAGGCAAGGAAAUGACAGAGUUCAAGAGAAAGCAAGAGGAAGACAGAACGAAGAGAAUGCUUGAGGAAAGAAGCCGCGAUAAAGAAGAGGAGCGUUUAGCACGAGAAAGAAUUAGACAACAGAUAGCCCUGGAUCGUGCAGAGAGAGCUGCGCGCUAUGCAAAAACAAAGGAGGAAGCUGAAGCAGCUAAGAGAGCAUCUGAGCUGGAAAGGCAGGCUGCAGAAGAAGCCAAGAAGAAAGCUCUUAAUAUUGAAAGAAGUAAAGUGUGCCGAAUUCAGUUUCGACUCCCUGAUGGAUCUUCCUUUACAAACCAAUUCUCACCAGAUGCCAGUUUAGAAGAAGCGAGGGAGUUUGCUGAAUCGCAAGUUGGUGGUAAAUACGGAAAUUUUGAAUUGGCAAUAACGUUUCCAAGAAAACAAUUUACAAAGGACGAUUAUAAGAAAACAUUGACUGAGCUGGAGUUGGUUCCGAAUGCCUCAAUCAUCCUAAUCCCAGGAGGAAGGUCUACAUCAUCAAUAGUACCAUCCUCAGAAGGAGGAUUGUGGACUUUCUUGAGCACAUUAUUUUACCCUGUUAUUGCUGUUUGGAGAUUUCUCAACAAUUAUCUAUCUGGUGAUUCUACACGAAGAUCAUCUGGAGGAACUGCCAGUCCAGCUCAACCAGAAAUGCCUAGAACAACACCAUCUGUUGUAUCAGAUACAGACAGGGAAGUGAGAAGGAGGAGGCUCCUUGAGAAACGUGGAGAGGACUUCAAGAGGGAGGGAAAAAUAUACAGACUGCGGAGAGAAGAUGAUGCAGAUGAUGAAAAUAAUACUUGGAAUGGGAAUUCGACUCAACAGAUGUAGCUUUUGCCUUAUUAAAGUACAAAUUGUUGUAUUUUAUUUUGCUGUAAAGUUGUACAACGAAACCUACAUUAAAAAGAAAAAAAGAAACUAGACAGAAGAUGCAUUUUGUACUUCUGUUAAUUUCAUGCAUGGAUUUAUACAAUUCUACUACUUUGAAGGGACAAAAUGAUUACUACAAAACGAAUGUGCAGAAAAAUCAUAUUAGGCAAAUUCCAAAUUAUGUUUUCAGACACCUUUUGAAGUAAUAUAUAUAUUUGAAAUCUUGUCUCGAGGUUUAUCCAUUCCUUGCUUGUAUGACAAAAUAGCUGAAGACUCUCCAGCCUCUGGCCCUUAUAAUUUAAAGCUGGUAAUAAAAAGUUCAAAGUUUUCCAAAAAG